AUGUUAGAUUUAGAGAAGGCUUUAACUUCUGCUGAUUUAGAAAUAUUAAACGAAAUUAUAACUUUGGCAGAAGAAAAAGCAAAGCAUAUGUACAGACAUGAACAAACUUGUAUUAGUUUGAGUGAGAAAGAAAUUUUUUCUGAAUUUAAGAAUGCAUUUAAGGCUUAUACUAAACGUUGCAUGGACACACCUCGAUAUGCUUGUGUAUCGUGUGAGAGACUUUGUUAUAAAAAAAAUGUGUCUCAAUUUAAUAAGUUUAAAGUACAAAUGGCUGAAUCUCCAUUUAUAAAAGAUUUAAUGGCGUAUAUAGAAAAACACGAUAUUCAACCAGAAUAUAUCUGCGAUUACUGUCAACGAAAAUUUCGUGAUGGAGUUUUACCUGGAUAUAGUGUUUUAAAUAAUCUCUUUGCACAUAAUGUACCUGAUGAAAUAGCAUCUCUUAAACAAUACGAAAAAAUGCUUAUACAAAGAGCUAAGGCAUUUCAAACUAUUGUUAAAAUGGGAACUGUUAUUAAUAAAAAAUUGCCCCAAAGGCAAAUGGUGCAAAAAGCAAAAGGUAGAACAUUUCAUUUACCACUUCCUCUACAAGAAACAUUGAACAAAUUAUGUAAAAGUACCGAUCCAAUAAAUAAAAAUCAUGAAAUUAUUUUAGUUAGAGGUGUUCCGACAAAUUCCAAAAUUAUUUGGGAAGACAUAGAAUUAAAUAAUCCGGAAUUUGUAAUACAAGACAUAGAAAAUGAUAAAGAAUCUGUUUUGUAUGACAAUCACAAAUUGCGCCCAAAAAUUGAAAUGCAAGAAACAGAAAAUAACGAAGCAAUUUUAAACGAUAAGUGUCAGGCUAUGUUAACUCAGAUUGAUGAGAGUGAUGAUAGUUAUUAUGAUCAAUAUACUAUUUACCCUUUAUAUGAAAAAAAGUCACAUAAGAGUGACACCGUUUUAUACCAAAUGUUAAAAAUUCAGGCAUUGCCUUUGGAUAACCGUGAAAAAGAUUUAGAUCUAUUGUGUUUCCCAGACUUGUAUCCUUUUGGUACUAAUGGACAACAUGAAACUAGGCCGGUUAAACUUCAUGACCAUGAAUUUAUUAAAUGUCGUUUGAAAUCUAAACAUUCGCAAUACAGAUUAAAUCAACAAUAUUUAUUUUAUUUAUUAAAUAAUGCGAAUAUGCGUCAAUUAAGUCGUGGUAUUUACCAUAAAUUGAAUGUAACUAAAUUGCGAGACCGUUAUACGGUUAAAGAAUAUUUAGAAGCAUUGCAUAAAAAAUUAUUAGAAUCGGAUUUGAAUACAAUUUUUUCCACUCUAAGAAAUACAGAACAAUAUUGGCGUAGACCAAGAAGUGAUUUAGAGUGUAUGAUACAACAUUACGGACCUGCAACAUUUUUUAUAACAUUGAGUCCUAGUGAAUGGUUGUGGGACGAUUUAGGUGAAUAUAUUCAAGUAAAUGGAUGGUCUAAUGAUUCCUCUUUAUCUACUAGUGUUCUUAUUGCUAGAGAUCCUGUAUCAACAUCGAGAUUUCUUGAUAAUAAGUUUCAGACGAUGCUUGAUUUUAUUUGUUCCAAAGAUCAUCCAAUUGGAGAAGUAAUACAUUACUUCUGGCGACGAGAAUAUCAAGGUAGAGGUGUACAACAUCUUCAUCUAUUAGUUUGGAUUAAAAAUGCGCCCAUUCUUGGUAAAUCUCCUGCGGAAGAAGUUUCUAAAUUUAUUUUACAACAUAUAACGUGUGAAUUACCGAACAAAAUAUCUUCACCAACAUUAUAUAGGCGAGUUAAUACGCAUCAACGACAUAUACAUAACGACUAUUGUCUUCGUUCUAAGAAAAAAGGGCGUAAAGUUUAUCGUGUAUGUCGUUUUGAUUUUCCUCGUCCUUUUACCGACAUGUUGAUUUUGAGAGAUGUUGUAAGUUCGAUAGCAGGUAGAAAACAAUUUAAACAUAAAAGUAGACUUUAUGACCUUUCACGAACAGAAGAUGAACAGAAUAUAAAUGAUUAUAAUCGCAUCAUACUUACUGUUUGGGAAGGAAAUAUGGAUAUACAAUUUAUUGGUGACAACACAAGGUUGCUUACGUAUUAUGUUACUAAGUAUGUGAAUAAAGCAGCAAAAUGUGAAUUAUCUGAUACUGUUCUUAAUAGCAUAAAUAAUAAGAACAAAUCAUUGGCGAGCUAUCUUUGGAAUAUUGCUUUGCGACUCACUAAUAAUAGAGAAUGUGGAGCUCUUGAAGCAGCUGAUACAUUGUUAGGUAUUCCUCUAUAUGGAACUGAUAGAAACACAACUAUUAAGUGGUUAGAUGUUAGUCAGAUACGAUAUAGAAAAGUCAAAAGUUAUAAAGAAAUUCAAGUUCUUGAUGGAGAUUCUACUGACAUAUUUUGUCCAUCUGUAAUAGAUAGUCAUUAUCCAAAUAGACCGGAAGAAUUUGAAACGAUGUCUUUAUACGAAUUUGUACAGUGGCAUGACGUAACGAAAAUUAAACCAACAAGUAAAAAAAUUGUAUAUCAUAAAAUGAGUAAUGGUUAUUAUUUGAAACGGCGACAACGUGAAUGUCUUAUCAAUCACUAUAGAUAUGAUGUUAAUACGCAACCGGAAAAUUAUUUCUUUUCAUUACUUCUUAUGUUUAAACCAUGGCGGAAAAUACAAGAUCUUAAAAAUGGAUAUGAUACUUAUGCAGAAUCAUUUCACAAUAACGAAUUAUAUCUUGAGAAAGCAUUGGAGUAUCAUGAAAAAUCAGAGGAAUCAAAAAAUGCCCUUGAAAUUGCGAAGCAAUUACUUCAACAACAUCUCGAUGACUUAGAAAAACAGAAUACGUCUCAAGAUGAUCCUGACAAUCCAGUAGGUGUACAAAAUAUUCAUGCUGGUGAUGCGAUGCAGGAUUUUAAGGAUCUUGGUGAUAAACAGGAAAUCGAUAUAUCCGAAAUGAUUUCAAGAUUGAAUGCGGAUCAAAAAAGAAUAUUUGAUAGAGUUACUGAUACCAUAACAUCAGGUAAAUCAGUACUACGAUUGUAUGUUAGUGGAGAAGGAGGUACUGGCAAAAGUUUUUUAAUUAAAACAAUCAAAUGUUGGUUAAAACAAAAUCUCAAGAAGGAUACUGCCGUAGCAGCACCUACUGGUAUAGCAGCGUUUAAUAUAGACGGUUUGACAGUUCACAGAUUAUUGCAAUUACCCGUUGAGCAUGGCCAUACUCCUAAGUAUAAGCCAUUAGCUAAUCACGUUUUGAAAGUUUUACGAGCAGAUCUUAAAGAUUUCGGUCAAAAGCAUAUUCUUUUAUUUGGAGAUCUGCUUCAGUUACCUCCUGUACAUGAAGAUUCUGCCUUUAUACAAUUAACAGCUGAGAACAUUCGUAAAUAUCUUGGUUCUUUAAGUGCUACUAAUCUAUGGACUUUGACUAUGAUGAACUGA